UCUGACUAAAAUGAUUCAUCCUCAGCUUCUCCAGAGCACUUCUAAUAGUGUUUUCACUGAGCUCUUGGACUACAGCACAGAAAGUAAAUUGUGGAAAUUAUCACUAUGAAAAAGAUGGACGGUGCUGCAAAAUGUGUGAGCCUGGAACUCAUAUGAAGGACUUUUGCUCUGAAACUCGGGAGACUGACUGCAGAGUCUGUCCGGAAGGGACUUAUGCAGACCACAUCCAUGCCUUUGGCAGCUGUAAGGAAUGCCCUUCAUGCCAGCAAGGGUUUGCCGAGAACUGUACCAAAACCACAAAGGGAAGCUGUCAGUGCCGACCUGGCUUCCUGUGCUCUGACAAGUCAUGCUCACUUUGUGAGGAAAACAAGUGCAGCACAGGAGAGGAGCCAAAGAAGAUAGAUUUGGGGAAUGGAAGCUAUUCUUAUAAAUGUGAAUUUAAAUGCCCUGGAAAUAAUUUCUUUGAUGCAAAAGAGGACACCUGCAAGCCAUGGACACCAUGCGGUGCAAAGGGACUUGUUGAAAAGAUUCCAGGAAACAAAACUCACGACGCUGUUUGUAUUGAUCCACAAGGAGAUGGCAGAGACUAUGCCAAUGCUCACUGGAUCAUGAGCAUUGGCUUUGUUUUUCUCUCCCUGGCCCUCUUUCUGUUUAUGUUUUACGCCUGCUCGAAGAACCUGAGAAGGAAGCAGAGGAACAAUGUUGCAAGUGAGAUUUCAGUCCAGGCGGUCUCGUCCAAAACCAGUGACUUCCACCUUUCAAAGGAGGAGAGCGGACUCAAGCUCAUCAUCCAGGAGGAAUUCAAGGACUGUUGCAGUUUGAGUCUUUUGGACUAACCACUUUUUCAUAAAGAGACAACUUGUUUGUUUUGAUAAGCAAUGACUACCACUGGAACACAUAUGUAUUAGUGUACACACCACAUUGAAUAUUUUGCAUUUUUUCCGGUUAAUGCAGCCACUUUCUGUGUGACAGACGAACUAGGACAGAAUUUAGAGACAAACAAAACUCUGAAAAGUCUGGUGAUUAUUUAUAUUUCAUCCUCCUAAUUUAAUACUUUGUAAAACCAAAGCCUUUGGGGUCUGUGUCUACCAAUUUCUCACAUCCAGAGACUGUGAAGAUCAGUUUUUAAGUCUUGCCUUAGAUUCGUAUUCCUGACCUAUUCUCAGUUGGUCAGUACUUUGACUAGGCAAUUCUGACACAUACAUUUGCUUUGAUAUAAAACUUUUACAUUGCAACUCUGGCUGUGUGUUUAUGGUUUUUGCAUAGGAAAGUGGAGCACUGCUCCAAUCUCUAGGUUUUUGUCCUGUGUUUAAUUUUGUAAUUAUUAGAAGUUAUCUGUAGCUAAAGGCAUGUUUUUUUCCAACCUAAACAUAUUUUUUGAUCAGUCCUACUAGAACAUAUCAAUUUAUGUGUCAAACAUAAAUGAAAUGUUGUUGUUUAAACGUUUAUCAACCCCAACUGUAUUUAAGUGUUAUGUUGAUUACAAGUCUUUGAUGUUUUGCUGAAGAAACAAAGGAGCUUGGUUAUUUAUAUUAAAUUAUUAUAUGUUUGUUAAAGCAUUUAAAAAACUUACAUGAGCUUUUAGAUAUCUCAGGUGUAAAAUUAAUAUAAUCAGAACUGGUCCUACUGGUCCCAGAACCAGUUCUUAUGUUCAGUUCUUAUGUUACAAGAAAUUGCUUAAACUUAUGUUUUAAUGAUUUUUAAAUCACAUUUUUUCUUAUGAUGUAAUAUUAUAUGAUGACAAAUGUUUUGGAAGACUUAAAUGGGAAACAACAAUAUAUGUGCAAGUUAAUUCCAAAUAACAGGAUCAUCAAAUCUGUUAUUUAAUUUAGUUAAUAGUUAUAAAUGGUGAAAAAUACACUGAAAUGUAUGAAUUAACUGUAAUUUAUUUGUGUUUUGUCAUAUUUUCUCUGUAUUCAUUAGCUGGCUGUAAGGGAAAUUAUAAUUUCAAGGCUCAUCAUACUUGAAAUUAUAGACUUCCCAAUGUCUGUAUGCCUUCAAAACAAUUGAAAUGGGACUGUUUUCUUUGUAUAUUUUUUCCAGCGUUAUGAAGUGUACUUUUUGUAUUUCUUAAAUAAAUAUUGAAAAUCAUA